UCCUCCUCCUCUGCCUCCUCCAGCAUGCCGCUCUCCUCUCUCCCCUCAGCUCCUCAUUUUCAUCUUAAUCUGCGCUCGCUCCGUCCCUGCUCUCCCUCUCUCUCUCCAGCUCUCUCCCUACUCUCUGCUCCCCGCUCCGCCACCUGUUAGUCUCCUUCUCCUCUUCACACCAGAAUCCCCUCUUCUUCCUCUUUUUCUUUUAUGAGGAGUUUCACACUUACGCUAUCACUGAGCCCUAUGACUGUGCGAAAAGGAAAACGUUUGGGCAUCACCAUCCAGGAGCACAUGGCCAUCGAUGUCUGCCCGGGGCCCAUACGCCCCAUUCGUCAAAUCUCCGCCUACUUCCCUCGCCUCUCGCCCACUUCCUCCUUCUCCGAGCCACUCUCGCCCAAUCAGGUGGCAGCGCCCACAACGCUCAGCCCUGGCAGCACAGGUCAAGCUGGAGGGCCCAUGGGAGGAGGAGGGGGGAGCAGUGGCCUUUUGUCGCCACAGUUACCGGGAGCGGCGGGGGGAGGGGGCUCCCUGUCAGCCAUGAGCAGCAUGGACACCUCCAUUGAGAUCGACAGCUGUGACAGCGAUGAUAACACCUCUUUGGGGACGCUAGAGUUUGACCUACUGUACGAGAAAGCCACCAGCUCCCUGCACUGCACAGUCCUCAGAGCAAAGGGUCUAAAGCCGAUGGAUUUCAAUGGUCUGGCCGAUCCCUACGUCAAGCUGCAUCUGCUGCCAGGCGCCUGCAAGGCCAAUAAACUGAAGACCAAGACUGUUCGCAACACGCUGAAUCCCAUGUGGAACGAGACGCUCACCUACUGUGGAAUCACAGAGGAAGACAUGUACCGCAAAACACUCCGGGUGUCCGUGUGCGACGAAGACAAGCUGACACAUAAUGAGUUCAUUGGGGAGUCUCGGGUGGCCCUGCGCCGUGUGAAGCCUGACCAGACCAAACACUUUAACAUCUGUCUGGAGCAUCCACCUCCUCUGCCUUCACCAACUGCGAUGAGCACAGCCCUGAGAGGAAUCUCCUGCUACCUGCGAGAGUGGGAGACGGAGCAGCAGAGAAGUCUAGAGGAGAGAGGACGCUUGCUGCUCUGCCUCCAGUUCCUCCCGCCAUCCACCGAUGGCGACUUGAAGGGCGAGGCCAAGGAGAGAGCUCGUGGCGGACUGUGUGUGGGCGUCAAGCGCUGCGCCCAUCUGGCAGCCAUGGACGUCAACGGUUUCUCCGACCCCUACGUUAAAACGUACCUGAAGCCAGACGUUCACAAGAAAUCCAAGCACAAAACAGCGGUCAUUAAAAAGACUCUCAACCCGGAGUUUAAUGAGGAGUUUUUCUAUGAGAUCUCCUUCUCAGAAUUAGCGACCAAGACGCUGGAGGUCACCGUGUGGGACUAUGAUUUAGGAAAAUCCAAUGACUUCAUAGGGGGGGUAUCCUUAGGGUGUCAUUCACAGGGAGACACUCUGCAGCACUGGAUAGACUGUCUGAAGAACAAGGGCAAGAAAGUGGAGCGCUGGCACACACUGACCAACGAGCUGCCCGGAUCCACGCUGCAGGAAUGAACCCGAGCUUCCUCCCCUAUAACUGACACCAGAGGGACCGCCUGAAGACCCGGGAUGAAGGACGUCUCAUCGCAUGUUUUAAGGAUUGUUCUGCAUGACUGUGACGGAUCCAUAUCCUCCUUUGUGUCAUAAUUCAAAACAUCAUGCCCAGAUAGGUGGGAUGGGGUGGGGGGAGGGUUGUCCACAAUCACAGAUCAAUACUCUAAUCUCGGAUCUAAACAGUCUCAACACAAAGCUGAAACCAUUUUCUUCACAGUGCUGGCAAGCAUUCACAUCCUUUCAGUGCUUUAAGAUCGGUCUAAAUGCUCCUCGUGGACAGAGCCCACUCACGAAGAAUAAUUGCGCCGGGACGUUUGACGAGGGGAAAUGUUUAAUUAUUCUCUCGCGCAGUCCCGCAUGUCAGGUUUGCUUGCUCUUAUUAAAUUCAUGACAUUAAAACUCCGCGGUCAUGCCCAUCUGUCUCACAGCGCACAUACCUCUCCGUGCAAUAAUGAUUGCCUAAUGCUUCCGAAGAUAUUUCCAAGUGGUCUUAAUACUGGCGGAUGUUUUUUUCCUCUGAUCGUCACUGGAUUGACAGCACGAGCUGAUAAGCAAACUGGUUCUUCCACGUCGAUGGUUCGUGUGUGAUCUACUUGCAUGUUCGGUGUUGAUGGAGCAAACUUAAAAAAAAAGGAAAAAAAAAGGUUGGAAAUAUUCAUCAACGUGUUGUUCCCUAGAAGAAACUGUAUUUUAUUUAACGGUAAUGGCUCUUUAAUGUUGUUCGCAGUUGUUUGACGUGUCAGCUCUGAUAUCGGUGUCGGUCGGUUUUGCUUCACGUUCCCUACUUUGUAAGGCCAACGUCAGUAACGGGAGUUUCACAGCAGCAGAGCGUUUUACGGCGAACCAUGCAUGACUGUACUCUGGCACAGUAAAUAAAGUCACAUGCCUUUGUUUCAUAUACAAAUUGUAAAUAUGAACCGGUGUAGAGCGCUGUGCUUUAUGGUGACUCCAUGGCUGCUGCUUUACUGUCGACUGCUUUCAGCUGCAGGUUUUCUCUGUGUGGUGAACAGGCAUGCUCACAAUGCCAUUGGUGUUAAUAUGUAAAUAUAUGUGCGCUGUUUCACUUGUUUGGGAUGUUUGUCUUUUGCAAAGCUUGCAUGGUUGUUUUUAUCUUUGUUUUAGUCCACAGUGGACUCCUUCAAUCACACAGCCUGGUAGGAAGCCAGUAAAGCUAAUACUGCCACCUGGUGUUGUUGAACUGUAAGUGCAGCCUCUUCUCUGACUACAGAGAGCAGAAGUGAUCCAUCAAAUGUGUAAGGUGAAAGGAAACCAACACACACACCAACUUUCUGCUCCAGUAAACAAUAACUGCAGCAAUUAAAACAUAAAUUGAAUCUUUACAAAAUGUAAUAAAUACA